UCGACUCUCGAGCGUCUCACAACUUAAGUUUCCAAUACCAAAGGAAAGCUUGCACAAGCCCAGAUGAAGAUCCGUUGAUCUGUUGAAGCCCACUUAACGAAAUCACAAGAAAUGUUUGACCUCCACCAAAGCUUAAAGGGUUUCUCUGGAUGGGAGGAUACUCCUGCACCAGAAGACGAAGCAGCCCCAAGCCCGUUCAUAGACGAGCCGUGGAGGAAGAUCAAGGGAUGGGGUGAAAGCACAAGAAAAGAGCUGAAGUCCGAAAUACAGGACCUUAAACCAGAGCGGUUUGAUGUACCGACCUUUAAUGUUAUUCUCACUGGCCAAAUCGCAGCAGGAAAGUCUAGCUUUUACAACAGUAUUAACAGCAUUUUUAGCAAUCGCGUACUUCCUACUAAAGCAACUUCUGGGGAAAUGGGCCAAAGUUUUACAAAACAGUUCAAGAUGUAUCCAUUCACACACAACGCCAACAUCAGGAUCGGCGACACUAUGGGCUUAGAUGUAAACAGCAGUGAAGUUGAUAUCCGGAAUAUAUUUAAAAUAUUGGACGGACAUGUACCGAAUCUUCAUGAGUUUCAGUCUGACGAAGAAUUCCUUCCAGACAAUCCGGACUACAUUCUACACCCUUCACUUGCAGAAAGAGCUCACUGUGUAGCUCUUGUGAUUAAUGCAAAUAAGCUCCCAAUCAUGCAGCAUUGCCAGGUGCGAAAGCUGAAAAACUUGGCAGUAGGCAUUAUCAAUCGAGGAAUACCUAUUAUUGUUGUGUUGACUCAUCUGGACGAGUUCCACCCUGAAGUUAGUGAAGACAUCCGAAAAACCUAUCGCAGUGGGCUGUUAAAGGAUCUGGUGGUCAAACUUAGACCCAUGCUGCAUGGCCUCCCAGAAAACCUGAUAUUUCCUGUUAUUAACUAUCACAAAGAGGUUGAACUUGACGUUGGCAUGGAUGUUCUUCUGUUGUAUGCUCUACGCUCCAUGAUUUAUGCUGCUGAAUGCUAUCUCGAAAACCUAACAGCUUCGUAAAAGGCAAAAAAUACGUUGUCACGUUAAAUCAAAUGUUUUAAAAGGUUAAAACCUUUUUUAAACUUUCGAAAGCACAUUCUCACAACCGAGUUUUCUACGGUAAAGCACUUACACGACUCUCUAGCAAAGAAUCAUUAUUGCACAUCAAAGCCUGAAAAGCAUGACUACAAUCCUUCUAGAAGGAAACCAUAGGGUCCUUUCCUGUGUAAUUCCUCCAUUUAAUUAUUAAUAACAGCAACAAAUGUAAACAAUGAAAGUGUCAACUUUCAUAAUUAAGUUCUUUUGAAACCUGUGUAAAAAAGUAAGAUUUCUUUUUAAAUUUCUUUUGUUGAUGUGUUCCUGUCUCUUCUCUUAAAUCUUCUUUGUUCUUCCCAUCAUCAGGUACUUUUGCAAGGGUGGCCUCUUCUGGGUAUUUAGAGCGGUCUUGACUAUUUGGUUGCUGACCCAUUAUGCACUUAUCAUUUACAUACUAUUACUAUUACUUUACCUAUUUCUUAUGUAACACCCAACGCUCCGCACGGACCUUUUCUUCCUGCUGUACCACAGGGAGCCCAAGCAAUGACUUUGAACCUAUAAUAGUUAAAAAUAGAAUUUUACUUAAAAAA